UCCGCUCAUCUCCCAAUAUCCUCCACCAUACCCAAAAAAUUAAGGUCAGUCAAAACUACGCUUUUCUCUCUCACAACACAUUUGGCUUAUAGUAGCUCACACACUGGGAUAAGCUGCAGAGAGAGCGAGAGCUACGGGCACGGGGCAUCAUCGAAAUCGUGAUAUUUAACCGCCACUGCCCAAAAGUUCUUUUACCGCUUUCUCUCUGUUUGUCUUUUUGCUGGAAGUUGCUCUCUCUCUUUCUUCCAAAGUCCGAUUACAGUGCAGUUUAGUGAAUAUGUUAGAGAAGAAAAUGGAAGGACUUGAUGUUAAUAAAGUGAUAGAGGAUUUUGAAGCAAUAACUAAAGAUGCAGAGAGGGUCCAAUUUGAGACUCUUAAGAAGAUUCUGGAAGAGAAUGCAUCUGCAGAGUACUUAAAGAAUCUGGGUCUCAACGGACGAACUGAUCCGGAGAGUUUCAGAGAUUGCGUUCCGCUUGUUACUCACAAGGACUUGGAACCUUAUAUUCAAAGAAUUGCAGAUGGAGACUCUUCUCCUGUACUCACUGGAAAGCCUAUAAAAACCAUAUCUUUAACUUCAGGUACUACUCAGGGAAGACGAAAAUAUGUGCCAUUCACUGAAGAAUUGAUGGACAACAGCUUGCAGAUAUUUAGAACUUCUUUUGCCUUUAGAAACAGAGCUUUCCCUGUUGGGAAUGGAAAAGCCUUGCAGUUCAACUAUGGCAGCAAGCCUACGAAAACAAAGGGAGGUUUGGCUGCUGGAACUGCCACAUCAAAUCUCUUUCGCAAUCCGAACUACAAAACUGCAAUGGAGGCAAUGAACUCCAAAUGCUGCAGUCCAGAUGAAGUAAUAUUUGGUCCUGACUUCCAUCAAUCAUUAUACUGCCAUCUCUUAUGCGGAUUAAUCUUUUCUGAAGAAAUUGAGCUCGUGUCCUCUACAUUUGCUCAUAGCAUUGUUAUUGCAUUUAGAACCUUUGAACAAGUCUGGCAAGAGCUCUGUAAUGAUAUUCGGGAUGGUGAACUUAGUAAUCGAGUAACUGCACCUUCUAUCAGAACAGCAAUGUCCAAAGUGCUCAAGCCAAACCCUGAAUUGGCUGAUUUGAUCCAUAGAAAAUGCUCAGGAUUGAAUAAUUGGUAUGGAUUAAUACCAGAACUCUUUCCUAAUGUGAAGUAUAUCUAUGGAAUAAUGACUGGGUCGAUGGAGCCUUAUUUGAAGAAAUUGAGGCACUAUGCAGGCGAGGUGCCUUUGCUGUGUGCCGAUUAUGGUGCCUCAGAGGGGUGGAUUGCAGCAAACGUCAACCCGAAGUUGCCUCCAGAACUGGCUACUUUUGCUGUGUUGCCUAAUAUUGGAUAUUUUGAAUUCAUUCCUGUUGGAGACAUGGAUGAGCACCUCUACUCAGAGCCCAAGCCAGUGGGUUUGACCGAAGUCAAGAUUGGAAAAGAGUAUGAGAUAAUUGUCACCAAUUUUGGAGGUUUGUACAGGUAUAGACUAGGAGAUGUUGUGAAAAUCGUGGGCUUCCAUAACUCAACCCCAGAACUAAAAUUCGUAUGCAGGACAAGCUUACUGCUUACAAUAAACAUUGAUAAGAACAGUGAGAAAGACUUACACUUAGCAGUAGAUGAAGCAGCAAAGCUAUUAGCUGAAGAGAAAAUUGAAGUUGUCGAUUUUAGUAGCCUAGUGGAUCUAUCAACAGAGCCUGGGCAUUACGUGAUCUUCUGGGAAAUUAAUAAAGAACCAACUGAUGAGAUCUUGAAAGAGUGUUGCAAUUGCUUGGAUCGAUCUUUCCUUGAUGCAGGUUACGUUAGUUCUCGCAAGAUCAAUGCUAUUGGACCCCUUGAGCUUCGAGUAGUUCGCAGAGGAACUUUCCAGAAAAUUCUAGAUCAUUAUCUGGGUUUAGGAACUGUUGUUAGCCAGUUCAAAACCCCGCGAUGCGUCGCUCCCACGAACAACGUAGUGUUGCAAAUCCUAAACAAUAAUGUUGUCAAGAAUUUUUUUAGUAAUGCCUUUUAGUGAAUAUAAAUGUGACAAAUGUUAUUUCAUAAUUGGUUUAUAGUAUACUCGAAUAAGCUUAGGUUUUUAUCA